AUGGCUCGUUAUGGUACCAUUUUAUGGGCUGUAGUCAUUUUUAUUCUGGUUAAUACUGAAUUAACAAUAACAUCUGCGUUAGUUAUUCAUAGAAAUCAUGUUUUGUGUCCUAUUCUAACUCAAAUUCAACAUCAAGAUCAAGAGCAAUUACAAGUAUACUUCUAUCAACUUGAUAGAUUAUCUUUUGAUUUGGAUCAUAUUAUACCCAAUUCCGGCAUCAGCGGUAUUCAUCCACAGUCUAAAUAUGCUAUGACAAAUCAAGUCUAUAUUACGAUUUGGUAUCAGUUAUAUGAAAAAUUAUUUGGUGAAAAAUUAAUCGCUCGAUGUAAUCAUAAGAGCCAGCGAUCGUUAGUUAACUGUACAUGUCCUCCGAAUUCUUCUAACAUUAUCUUAAAUGCUCAACUAGACCUAAAUUCUUGGUAUUCUUUAUCAUCCGCUCAUAUUACAAAGAAGAGCUUAAGUGGUAUUGCUAAUUUUUCAACCAUACUACGGAUUGAUGAUCAAUCUGCCCGUGAUAUUUAUUGCGGACAUACAGCACUAAAAAUGGAUCAAGCUAACAAAAUAAUCAAUUUGAUGUUAACUAAUCAGUUACCCACAUCUGCAGUAAAGCAUUUUUAUCGUCAGUUAACAAGAUUAGGCUAUUGGCUCAAGAAUCAACUUCACAUGCAUCUUAAAACGUUUAAACGGAUAACGGCUGGGCAAUUACUGAGUUUAUCUCUUGUUUACACGUUUCUGUCACCUAAUGGACGUAAUCAGUUUUCAAAUUAUAAUUUUCAUUACGGUUUAAAUCAAAGUAUUGAUCAAUUGCUUAAUAUUCCAGGCAUUUUAACUAUAGAUACAUACAACAGGUUAUUGAUCGAUAAUGUAGAUCAACUUGGGUAUAUUCAUCUAAUUAUUAAGGCUCUAUUUCAUCAUAACGUAGAUCAGUUAUUAUCGCUUUCCGAUCUUUGCAAGAUGAUUUCAUGGGCUAGGAUUAUAACAGAUCAAGUAACAGCUUUCUCUAAAUUAUCUCAUCAAAUACCUACAGCUGGCAUGAGCAAAGUCAUUAUUUCUAUCAGCGGCCCAGUACCCCUGUUUCAAUUUUUUAAUCCAUCGGUUAGAGAUCGAUCCAUCUUAAGUCACUAUGGAAAUGACUGGACUUUUCAAGAUAUUUUAAAUCAAUCCACUAUUGAAACAGUAAUUACAACAGAUCAAUACAGCCAAAAAAUCGCUUUUGGUCAAAGUAGGAACAAUCAAAUUUUAGGUGCUCAAGGAAAUAUGCAAAUAAUAAGUAGCCCAGCUUGUGAAAUAUUUACCGGGCUAAAUAACACCUUUCACUUUUCAACCUUUUCAUUUGGGCAAGAUUUAAUCGAUGGCACAGCAAGCGGUAAUUUGAUAUUCAAUCAAAUACUAUUAAAAGGCCCUUUCAUCUAUACUACUGAUUCGAAAGGUGUUAUAAUACCUGGAAGAUUUAUGACUGUUCAGCAAGAUACUAUAUUUUCUCUUCAUAUUAUAAAUAAUCACACUAGUGCUAUACACGCCGACAUUAAAGUGGUUAAUAAUGAACAAGAUAAGUUAAGGAUACAUAAUUUUGAUCCUAUUAAUUUCAAUUUAAAAUUAAUUAAAACUAGAACAGAUAAGACACUUCCGAUUACAAUAUUUCACAGUUUUAAAAAUCAAAGUUUGCAUGUUGAUCAUAAACGAAUGAUUGUAGUUAUAACGGGCAAUUCAUCACAUAAUAUCAUCCUUAGGCCUGGUGUUAACUGGCAUACUGUUAUUAUUAACUUUAACCGGUAUCGCGAUAACUUAGAUCUUAGUUUAUUACCAAAAGCUGUAACAGAUACUAUAACUAAACUUAAUUUUUUACUGUAUCAUGAUCGCAUGGAUUACAUAAUGCAGUUUCUGUAUCAUAAUAAUUUCGACUCUAGCGUAAAUUAUAGAUUAAAUCGAAAGAAGCGUUCUAAUACUAGUCCCCCAGUCAAUACGACGCAAUUCUUGUUUCCUAACGGUCAAAGAAUUACAUUUAUCAACAGUAGGGUGACUAAAAGAUCUAACUAUUCGAGUCCUACACCAACUCCAACUUCCAUAACUCCCGCACUGUCCACGUUGGCAGUUUGGUCAAUAGUUAUAGCCUGUAUGACAGUCCUAGUAACUUUAAUUGUCAUUUUUAUUAUUAUAUUAGUAAAGUACUACAAAAUUAAAGUUGUAAAGCCAUCACCACCGAUAGAUCAUCUAAGUCUAGAUGGUAACAGGUCUGUAGAUAUUAUGGAAACUACCUCAAAUGAUCAGCGAGAUCAUCAAGUUGAUCAUUGUUAG